UGCAAUAUUCAUUGCCAUUCAUUAGCUUUUUUUAAAAAGACCUUAGAUUUUUAAAAAUAAUUCAUUUGCACUAUAAUCGAAAUUUUUAUUCAGAAAGCACUCUAUUGACAUUACUAACAAGCGCUGACGUGGUUUAGCAGCAAAGUUUGUUAUCUACGGAUUAUUUUCGCACAAUUGAAUUAAAUUUUCACGGAAACUAUUAAAAAAUAAAUGAACUAAAAAGUUUUUGGACUGAAAAAUGAUUAAAUUAGCACUUUCGUUGUCAUUGGCAUUACUACUAAACGCAACAUACAUAAGCUGUGCCACUAAUAAUGCUGUAGACAGCCAUUUAAGUUCCAAAGAUCUACAACGCCUACAAAAAGUUUUCGCUGAUGGAAUUGCUUCUAAUGAUUUGCAGUCUAUAUUUUAUAGCAGUUUAAAUGUAGAACCUACUAGUGAUUUGGAAAGAACUAACGUUUGUCAACGUUUAUUUAAAGUGCACGCAGCCUCUAAGUUAAAAGAUUAUGAAAAAGAUUACUAUUUGGUUGGCGCUGCUAGAACAUUAAAGUGUCCUGAGAAGUUACCGCAAGAGAUACUCUCGAAUAUUUAUAAUAUACCAAUGCCUAUAACAUCAACGCAGGAAAUUUUUUAUCGCAUAACAGCUCAUAAAUACUUAGGCGUGCAAAUUGAUGAAACUACUUUAAAAAAAUUGGUAAAAAAUCUUGAGGGUGUGCUAAUGAAAGAGGACUCGUUGACCAGUUUAGGUUAUGCUUUCAAUGUUGCCUCCGAAUUAAGCCCAGAAUCUGAAUUUGUUACCGAGAGAAUUGAAGAUGCCAUGGUUCAAGCAGAUGAAGUCGAUGGAAAAAUGCUACAAUUUGAAGGAGGCCUUAGUGUAACUUCUUUGAUAAUAACCGGUGCAUUUAAAAUUUCCUCCGAUUUUAGUAAACCCCCACCCGUCGAUGCACAACAAGCUUAUAAAUUUGCUAAUUACUUCCUCAGUCGGCGGUCAGUACAAACCCCUAAAGGAGCACACAUUCUAAUCGAAGCUUUAAAAAGUUUAUCGUCUUUGACACCGCAACUUGCUCCGAUUUGCAUUCAGCUUAUUGGCAAUGGCCAAUUGCAAGCGGAUAGUCCCCGAUUAGCUAUUGCAAUUGUUGAUCUCUUGGGGAAACCUUUGAAAGAAUCUCCUCUGAAUAUUUUUGGAAAAGUUUUAUUACGGAAAGAAGGUACAACUUUAGCUCAAAAAGUACAAUUUGCACCCAAGUCCUCAGAUAAAACCACUUUUAUGGCUGAUUUAUCGCCUUAUAAGCCAACAAGGGGCCUCUACGCGAUCGAAAUAGAUGUUAAUUCCAAAUACAGUCAGAAAGUAAAUUUCAAGAUUUUGGGUAAAGUGAAAGUACAACAACUAGAGCUAGGCAUUGGAGAAUCGGAUGCAAGCUCAUCAAUCAAAAAACAAAUUGUAGCUUAUCCAAAAACGUUGCCUGAGAAGUUGGCGGCUGAUCAUACCCAGAGAGUUUUACUGAAAGUAUUAUUAAUUGAAGAGGGAACCACCGAUAAGACCAUUACGGUUCAUCAAGCUUUUGUCCGUUUCUAUAACAAACAAGAAGACUUGGAAGUUAUAUACGUCGCCGAACAAGACUCUAGCAAAGUUUAUAAAUUCGACAUGGAUGUGGGGGCACGAGCAGGAGAUUUUAAAUACAAAAGCGGACUUUACGAAAUGGUCCUAAUUGUAGGUGAUGCUUCACUUUCCAAUUCUUUCGAGUGGCAUGUAGCCAAUUUGAAUUUAGAUUUCCCGCAUAACGUAAAAGCUGCCAUCAAAAAGCAACCAAUACGAUCAGUAUUACCGGAAAUAAUUCACCAGUUCCGAGCACCUGAAAAUCGGCCUCCCCGCUUAGUAUCAGAUAUAUUCACCGGACUCUGCCUGACGCCGUUAGUGAUAUUAUUUAUUGUUUGGCAUAAACUUGGCAUAAAUGUCUCGAACUUCACGCUCGCACCUAGUACAAUAGGUUUUCACAUUGGUUUCGGCGGUAUUCUCGUUUUGUUUACAGUAUUUUGGCUUAAGCUAAAUAUGUUCCAGACAUUGCGCUUGCUGUUGCCCAUCGCAACCUUCACAUUCCUGUGCGGUAAUCGCCUUCUAAGACGUUUGUACGGUUAUCGUUCAGCUAAGGCAUCAAAUGCAGGCGCAUUAGCAACAUCAUAAAUUUUCCCUUCGAAAACUAUCUCUUUUAAUUUUAAGUUUAAUAA